UUCGGGUGCUUCUUAUGAAGUGUGAGAACCGGGAAGUUCUUGUGCAUGAAGCAAGACUUUAAGUUUAAAGUCACAGUGGAGCCACUGAGCAGUGAGAUUAAGCGUACUCGUCAGGCUUACAUCUGAAGAUCAAACAUCUGUGGUGAAGUUCAUCGCGGAGUGGUUAUGAAGAAGCUCGUGAAUAUGAUCUGUCAUACGGUUGUAUAACUCCGGUUUCUGUCAGGUUCGCUGCAUCCUGUAUGUAUCCGUGGUUACAGAAUUAGAAUUGGAACCUUGGAAUCAUGAGCUGUUAUUAUUCUGAAAUGUGGAAUCAGAACAUUCCUGAGAAUAAAAGCUGAUCUGCAUCAAGACAAUCCACAUUCAGAGGAAAGCUGUACAUUCAGUAGCUCUGACCUGCAUACAAACACUGGAUAGAACAUGAGUAAACAGGAAGAAGAGAAGGGAAUGGAGAGGAAGGUAGACGGGAUGUCCUGCAACAUCAUCAAUGAGCUGCGGUUAGAGAAGCAGCUCUGUGACGCAGUCAUCGUGGUGGACGGCGCCGAAUUCCACGUGCACAAGAACAUCCUGUGCGGCUGCAGCCCAUACUUCAUGGCUCUCUUCACCAACGGCGGGUACCCUCCUGAUAAGCUUAGGUACAGCAUCCCUAACGUUUCCGCCAAGAUAAUGGAGCUGAUCGUGGAGUACGCGUAUAUAAGACGUGUUAACAUCACAGAGAAAAACGUGUGUAAGCUGCUGAUCGCUGCUGAUUGUCUGUUGGUGAACAGCCUGGUGAACGACUGCUGCACGUUCCUGAAGGCUCAGCUGUGUCCCGAGAACUGCGUUAAGAUCUGGCAUUUAGCUCACUCCUACUUCUGCGAGAAGUUGAAGCAGCAGGCCUUCCGGUUUAUCUUGCACAACUUUGAGGAGAUGGUGCGCCUCUCUGAGGAGUUCCUGGAUCUGACAGUCGAGCAGCUGAGCGAGAUAAUCGAGAAGGACGAACUGAACGUGAAACAGGAGAGCGUGGUGUUUGAAGCCAUCUUACAGUGGAUCAAACAUGCGCCAUGGAAACGGAAAGCGCACAUAGGAGUGUUACUGCCUAAGGUGCGUCUGGGGCUACUGACACACGAUUACCUUAUGAACAAUGUGAGCAACAACGUUUUAGUGAUGGACGACAUGACAUGUAAGCCGAUCGUCACCAGCGUUCUGAUGGGCAUCGAUGACCUCAACCCGAGCCUUCCUCUCAGCUCUGAUCUCCAGAGACUCCGCCUGCCCAGCGCCGUUCUGCUGGCCAUCGGUGGCUAUGGCCACAAGAAUCUCAAUACCAUAGAAGCAUACGAUACGCGAGCGGCGCGUUGGGUCAAUGUCACAUGCGACGACGAGAGUCCACGAGCCUAUCAUGGGACGGUGUAUCUGAACGGCUUCGUGUACUGCAUCGGAGGAUUCGACAGUGUGGAUUUCCUCAACAGUGUGAGAAGGUUUGACCCCAUCACCAGAACCUGGGCUCAGGUGAACCCCAUGCACUCUUGCCGGUGUGACGUGAGCGUGUGUGUGCUGGACAGUCGUAUCUAUGCGAUGGGAGGAUUUGAUGGCAUCAGACAGGUGAAGACGGUGGAGCGAUAUGAACCUGAGAAUGAUCGGUGGUGCAUGAUCGUGCCGAUGCACGAACGAAGGGGCGACUCUAGCGCUACAGUACUGAAUGGCAAAGUUUACAUAUGUGGAGGGUUUGACGGGAACGGGUGUUUGUUCACGGGGGAGUAUUACAGUCCUCAGACGGGAGCGUGGACCCUCAUCACCCCCAUGAUGAUCAGAAGGCGUGGACUGGGCGUGGUUGCAUACGGAGGAUGGGUUUACGCUGUCGGGGGAAGUGAUGGUGUUAAUCAAAUAAGCAAUGUAGAGGUGUAUAAUCCUCAGACCAGCGUGUGGACACAAGGUCCAGCCAUGAACAACAAGCGCAGCAACUUCGGCACUUCAGCAACUUCGGCAUUGGACGAUCUCCUGUUCGUUGCUGGAGGAGAGAACGGCACUACCAUCAUGGAUGAAGUGGAGUGUUAUGAUAAGCAGACUUCUGAAUGGCAUGCAGUCAAAAACAUGGGGAUUUCUCGCCAUGCUCUGAGCUGCUGUGUGCUGUCUGGUUUACCCAACAUGGCAGAGUACGCUGCUCCCCGAGACGAUCCCUACAGAGUCCCUCAGAGCUCACAGAGCACCAGAGGCUACCUCACACCUCCUGCCAACGUCUGAGACGUACAAAUAAACCUCUCCCUUCAUCAGCAUCCUUUUGUUCUCAAGAAUCAAAUUAACCACUCUGAAGCAGUCAAACUACUGAAUUUGCCUUUUGUUUACUCUUAUGCUGCAAACCGUUGUGCUGAAACUCGUAAAACCACAACGUCCCUGAUGGAGACGUGCGAUAGAACAGUCCUGAGAACUCUCUCACACACACACGUACACAUACCUGAGAUCACAAUGACAUGGCGGCGCUCAUGUGGUCAACGCUAAACAGAAUUCCCUUCACGUUAUUUUCUAUGUGAUGAAACUCAACUUUGUUGACUUGUAGCUUUUGUGUCAUAAGUUUUGGUUCGUGACGUAAUUCCGCUGAUUUUAGCCCAAAUUCACUAAUGUGAUAAAAUCACUGUAACGGAUCAUUUUUAUGAGCAAAGAUGAAGACAGGGGACGACGAUUAUACAUCAUUUCUCUCUGUGCAUCACAGGAAUAAUUCAUGUAUGUCUUAUUAAUAUGUUUAUCAAACUCAAAUAUGACCUUGCUCAGAGUAUCCACCAGUAUUUCUGAGCCGGAACACCUUUAGAUCGGAACACCGGAAAACUGGUUCUGUACUUUCAGAGCUCGAGUACAACAGAGUGCAGCAUUAAUACCAGCAGAUCCACAGCAAUAGACUCUCGGAUAAUACUAUAAACACCAGGUUCAAUUACACUACAAUCAAACAAGAAAAAAAACAUGGCUUAGGAAAAAAGGACAUAAAAUAAUGACAGAGUAAAGGAAAAGGAGAGACAGGGAAUGUGUGUGUGUGUGUGUGUGUGUGUGAGUGUGAGUGUGAGAGAGAGGAUGGGGGAGAGAGAGAAUGAUCGAGAGAGAAUUUGUGUGAGUGAGAGAGAGAGAGAUGAUGAGAGAGAAUCAUGCAGAGAGAAAGGAUGAGAGAGAGAAUGAUGGAGAAUGAGAGGGAUAUGAAUGAAAAUUAAAUAGAAAGAAUGAAAAGCAGAAAUCAAGAGGGAAAACAAAAAGAGAAAGACAAACACACUACAUGAGGGACUGACAGAAAAAGUUUGAAACAAAAAAGUGAGAAGAAAAAUGUAAAAAUAAUGGAGAGAAUGAAAGAGCAAAAAAGGAACAAUAAAAAUGAUAAAUAUGAAAGAGAAAGAAAUCAUGGUAGGGGAAUAAAAAGGUAGGACACAAUUACUAAAAAGCAGGAGAAACCAUGGAAAAGAAGAGGAAGAGAGACAGAUAAAGAAAAAAGUAAAGAGAGGAAGGAGAAAAGAGAGAGAGGGAUGAAAGAAAUGAAGACAGAUUAACGUUUCACCUUGAAGAAGUCGGUUUUGUCAGCGAUGUGCUUUAACAUCCCCUGUGUGAGCGGCGGCCUGAUCACCACGGCAACACAACCCUGGCUCGGGCUCAUCGGCUGGGCGGAGUCGGCCACGCCCACCCGUUCUGCUGUCACCAUGGCGACGGAAUGCGUCAGACCCACCAGGUCCAUGAGGAGGGUGACGGCGCGGAUGCUGAAGUCCAGCUCAGAGAAACAGAUGUUCAUCAGAGACUCGAGCCACCGAGGAGGCGGAGUCACACCGCCGCUGUCUGACAUCAUCACCACCACACACACGUCAUUAAUAAUCAUAUUAAUAUUAACUAUUAUUAUUGUUGAUGUUGAUAUUAAUUUAUAAGUAAUCAUACAUUGUAAUUAGUAAUAAUAAACAGCAAAUAAUAAAUAAAUCAGUAAUAUUACAUAAAAAAGUAAAUCCAGAAUAAUCAGAAAACUUUCAAAUAAACAAUAACAUGCAAAUGUGAGAGUAUGUUCUGUUUAAUAUGCGCUGGUUAAAUAAAAUCAUUUUGGCAGCCGUGAACGCAGACACGCACUCCUUCUGUUAAAAUACACACAACCUCUCUGUUAACUCCGCCUCCCCCUGGUUAGACCCCCCCCACCCCCCACUGGGUGAUGUAGAGCUCCACCAGUCUGCACAGAAAGUGCUGGAAGUGCCCGAGGCAGUGCUGCAUCACAGGAGCACCAGAGAACCAGGCUGGAGUUUAGGAUCCUACUGGAGAGGGGCAUGGUCAUCAGACUCCGCCUCCUCGUACUGAACAAAAUCUGUAAAGAUGCUCUCUGGAGAACAAACUGUGGAGGGACUUUCCCUGUCCUCAAACACAUCCUCCCUGACCGGGACAUCAAGACAUGACUGGGCCGUGGGAGAGAGAGAGAGAGAGAGAGAGAGAGAGAGAGAAAGAAAGAGAGGGAGGGUAAAAAAUGAUUUAAAAAGUAUACAAGAUCAUAGUAAGAAGUCAAAGAAAGUAUUAGAAACUAGUGUACAAAACAAACAAUCUGAUCAUUGUCACUGUUUAUAAUUCAUACUGUUUACUGCUUUUCUUUCUUAUUCUUGUCAUUUUGUGUGACUUACAGUGUGAGUGAAAUUUCCAGCAUCUCAUUACUGCGUGAUGACUUCACGCAGACUGUGUGUGUGUGAGUGUGUGAUGUGUGUGUGUGUGGUGCACUGACCUGGCGUGUGUCCUGCUCUUGGGCGGGGUCACUGGACAGGAGGACGACGGGGGGAUGAGCGGAGGUUGGACUUUGGAGCAGAGGCACAGACAAUGUUGCAGACCGAGCUGCAGCGUAACGGCCGACACCAUCCUCAACAACUGGGGCAAGUGUUCUGUCUGGAUCUCUAUAUACAAACACCUCCUACACACACUUACAGACAGACAGACAGACAGACAGAGAGAGCAAAAGUAACACAGUUGAUCUGCUGAAAGUCAUGAAACUGUUACACAGUCAGUGUGUAAAAUGUAAAGUCUUGAUACCGUGUAUUCGGUGUACGAUGGUGUAUUCGGUGUACGAUGGUGUAUUUGGUGUACGAUGGUGUAUUUGGUGUACGAUGGUGUUUUUGGUGUGCACUGGUGUUUUUGGCUGUCAUGUAAAGAGAAACUGUGUGACAAUGAGCCUUGUGAAGUUGACUCAGCCCUCAGGGGUUUAAUAAGAUCACCACUAAGAACUGAAUACUUACUGCAAGUUGGUUAAUGACCUUGAAACAUUUAAACAGAAAUGGGGUGUAAAUCAAUGUAUUUGUGAUGUUGAUUAUAACGGAAAUAGUUACAUAUUUAUUUGAGGUUUUUGUAGUGAUAAUGUGAUGUGCUGAAACAUGAUGCUUAACUGAUUUGUCUAUGAGGGGGAAAAAAAUUUAUUCUUUGGUAUUAAAGGAUAUUUCCAGUCCAUCCAAGGGUUUUCUCUCUCUCCCUCUGUCUCACCUAGGAUUCUCUCUCCCCCUGUCUCACCUAGGAUUCUCUCUCUCUCUCUCCCUCUCUCCAAGGGUUUUCUCUCUCUCACCUAGGGUUCUCUCUCUCUCUCUCUCUCUCUCUCUCUCUCUCUCUCUC